GGAUGGUGUCGGAGAAAGAGGCGGCGGGUAUUCGCAGGUUUGUGUGCGGUGAGCUCCGUGAUGAGGCAGACCUCAGGUACGGUUGAAGGAUUCACGACGUGUGUGCGAAGAACAAACAACACCGGCCUGUGUCGCCGCCACACUGACCUUGGGAAUUUUAAAAAAGCGAUACCAGGCACACAAAAAAUGUGACUCAUUAAGUCCAGAAGUAAAAAGUUAUAUGAAACAGGUGGUUCAAGAGGAAUUGAUGAAGAUGCAGGAUGAAGAGAAAAACGGAAGUGACUCAGAGACCAAGAAGCCCCAGAGGAAAAGGAAGAGAGAAAAGGGAAACGAGGAGGUCAUAAGUGAGAGUGAUGAUGAAUCCAAAGCAAAGAAAUCACGAAAUAAUCAUUCAAGCUCAUCAUCAGAAUCUGAGGAUGAAGAGAACCACAAAACAGAAAGUGAGGAGAGUGGUGACGAUGAAGAACAUGCCAAAUCUCAAGCCAAAGAAGAGCAAGAGGCGAAAACAUCAGGACAGAGACAUGGAAAUCGGCAAAUUGACAGUGACAUGUCUUCUAAUGAGGAACUUAGUGAGUCAGAAAGAAAAGAGAAUGAAAGUAACUGCAGUGAUAGUCCAGAGGAAGUGGUGAGAAAGAAUGGAGAGACAAGAACCAGCAGUAAAGGUGAAGGAAGGAAAACACCGCAGAGUGAUAAAGAAAAUGACACUGAUGGAGACAGCAAGUCAGAAACAAGUGACAAAGUUAAGAGCGACGAGUCUUCUGACAGUGAAAAAGAAGAAAAAGUGGAAAAGAAAACCAACGACACCGACUCAGACUCAUCAUCACUACCUUCUUUGGAAGAUGACAAAAAUGAUGAGACCAAUAAAACAAAAGAUCAAAAGAAGAUUAAGAAGAAAAGUGUGAAAAAAGAUGAAAGCUCCAAAAGACCAAAGUCUGAUGACAAAUCUGUAGCAAGGCUCAAACGUUACAUUGCCCUUUGUGGUGUGAGGAGAAAUUAUAAGAAACUCCUACAAGGCUGCUCCUCCAUUCGCUCCCAGGUGACUGUUCUGAAGAAGGAGCUUGAAGAUCUUGGUGUGGAUGGUCAGCCAACUAUUCACAAAUGUAAAAAGGUCCGAAUGAAGAGAGAGCAAGCUCAAGAACUGGCUGCUCUUGAUGUCGGCAACAUUAUUACCACACAAGGUCGACCUACACGCAGAGGAGCUUCAGCAAGUCAGACACAGCAUGAAUCUCCAUUCUCUGAAUAUCAGCGCACUCUAAACUCUGACUCCGAGAGUGACCAGGAAAACAGUACACACAAAGGGCGCAGGAGAAUGUCAGAAUGGGCCAACCUGCAGGGGAUCAUCAGUGACGAUGGAGACAGUGACUGACCAGGAUCAUUCCUCCCAAAGUGUCCAGAUGCAUCUUGGACAUGUUUUUUUUUUGUUGUUGUUUUUUUUUAAUGCUUUGAUGCUAAACAUAGAAAAGUUUAAAUAUAUUUUUUGUCAAAUAAGGAGAUAACAAUGAUAAAAAAAGGGUAUUGAUGGUGUUUGAGUGUUAAAAUCUUGUUAAAGUAUUGGUAACAUUUUAAAUGUAUAGCUGUUCAAUUUCA